AUGGAGUAUACGGCCAAUACUUAUACAAGGGCAAGAUCAUUGGUGGUAUGGAUUCAUAAUAUGGGUGCUAGCGAUGGGUUAUUCAAAUCAGGCGGUAUGAAUAAGGUUGUUUGUCGGUUUAUAUGGCUAUUUUUUGUGCUAGGGGUGGUUUGUGCAAAUAUAAACGUUCAAGAUCAACUUCAAGAUCAACUUCCGGACAUACGAAUAGAUACGUUCAAUGAUAUGCCCGCAAGCGUAAAAAAUGUGACUGUGGGUGCUGGGGAGUUUUUAUGGGAUUGGGACAAAGAGAACAACUCACAGGAAUUGACCGAUUUUCUUAGACGCGAGAUAGAGGGUCAGCAUGAUGUGCAGACGAUAGUGGUGAAUAAAAAUAGGCCAGAAGACACGUACCAACGGGAGAAUGCUACGUUUUUGGUGCUCUGUCGAAACGAAGAGGUUUUUGAGUUGCUUGAGUCGAUUCAGAGUAUACAAGACCGGUUUAACCACCGGUACAACUACGAUUGGGUGUUUUUGAACGACAAGGCAUUCGACGAGCGAUUCAUGUACAUUGUGUCGCAGUACGUGGUGCAAGGGAAGUUGAGUUUUGGGCAGAUUCCCCGGGAACACUGGGGAUAUCCAUCCUGGGUGAACCAGACGUACGCGAGUGAACAGCGGGCUCGUCUAGUAGAGGAGGACGUGGUGUACGCGGAUAGCGAAUCGUACAGACAUAUGUGUCGAUUCUACCUGGGAUUUUUCUACAAACAUCCACUUGUAGCACAGUACCAGUACUACUGGCGCAUUGAACCGGGUGUUAAGUUCUAUUGCGACGUUUCCUACGACGUGUUUCACUUCAUGAAAACUCACGGCAAGAAGUACGGUUUUGUAAUGUCGAUGUUCGAGUACAAAAAGACAAUUCCGUCGCUUUGGGGCCAUUUCAAGUCUUUCAUCAGACGGUACGACCACGCCAAUGGCCAGUAUGGUGAGUUGCUUGAUUUCGUCCAGAACGACAAUGUGGCCAAAACAUACAAUUUAUGUCACUUUUGGUCCAACUUCGAAAUCGCCGAUUUAUCGAUAUUCAAUAACCCUGAUUAUCAGGCGUUUUUUGACCAUUUAGAUGCUACUGGUGGUUUCUUUUACGAGAGAUGGGGAGAUGCUCCAGUUCAUUCUUUGGCGGUUCUGUGGUUCUUGUCUAAACGCGACUUAUGGUGGUUUGGUGAUAUCGGCUACUACCAUGCACCAUAUCUACAAUGCCCCCAGCCAUUACAAACCAGACUCGAAAACAGGUGUAGCUGUGAUCCCGAUGAAGACUUUCUGUUCAGUUUCAUCAGCUGUACACCCCAUAUACUAAAUUUACUAAACUCCCGAUAG